CCGGAUAGAAUUACUUGGAGGGCCGGAUCCGGCCCCCGGGCCUACAUGAAGCCAUGAGGACUAAACUCUUCUCCUCUGUGGGUCAGUCAGCUCCCAUCUCCCUGGAUCUCCCUCACAGGCUGCUGUUGCGCAACACGGUCCCUCCCUGGAAGCGGGUCGGUCACAAGGAGGACCCACACCCCUGAGCUCCACUUUCCCCGCGUGGCUCAGGGCUGUAGCAGCCUCCUCUCUCCUCUCCUCUGCCUCUCACUCCCCAGACCUCCAGUCCUCCCGGCCCCCUUCCGCCUUCAUCCCCCGCGUCCUCCUCUCCUCCUCCACAGUGGAUUCAUGCGCAGCUCUCGCCCUCCUCCUCGGUCGCCAUGCAGAACAACCACCACAAGGAGCGCCUCUACAAGAUCCUGGUCAUAGGAGACCUCGGGGUGGGUAAGACCAGCAUCAUCAAGCGGUAUGUGCACCACAACUUCAGCCCCAACUACCGAGCCACCAUCGGGGUGGACUUCGCUCUCAAAGUCCUCAACUGGGAGCAGGAGACGGUGCGCCUGCAGCUGUGGGACAUCGCAGGUCAGGAGCGGUUCGGCAACAUGACCCGCGUGUAUUACCGCGAAGCCAUGGGGGCGUUCAUCGUGUUCGAUGUGACGCGGCCCGCCUCCUUUGAGGCUGUCACCAAGUGGAAGGAGGACUUGGAUUCCAAAGUGACUCUUGCCAACGGGAAACAUGUAGCCACGGUGCUACUGGCUAACAAAUGUGACCAAGGUCGGGAUGUAUUGACCAAUAACGGAAUAAAGAUGGACCAGUUCUGCCAGGAGAACGGCUUCGUGGGAUGGUUCGAGACAUCUGCCAAGGAGAACAUCAACAUUGAUGAGGCGGCGAACUGCUUGGUGAAGCACAUUAUUUCCAGCGAGAACGACAUGCUCCAGUCAGAGGUCCCCGACACCAUCACCCCUCAGUUGGAGAAGGACAAAGGCGGGACUUGCUCCUCCUGCUUCCGAUCCCAGUAACCUUCCCGCCUGACAGUUGGACACCUUUUUUUAAAAAAAAUCUAAUUUCACACAAAGUCAAGUUUGUGUGGGAGUAAGUGGAAGAAGCCUUUUUUUUCACGGUUUUUGAGGAGGACGGCACAAACUCCAGCUCUCUUCCUGUCCAGCAGCCUGAGGCGGCGGUGGUGGUGUGGGGGGUAGAGGCUGCUGGCUGUAGGAAUGGAUGGAUGGAGACAGAAAGAGGGAGAUGGAUGCAGCUGUGUGCACUUGUCAAAGCCAAGGUCACCCCCCACCACCCUCCUCUUCCUCGGCUGCAAGCUUUGACAGUGCCACUUUGGUUGCCACGGUGACGCCGUUAACACAUGCACACAGAGAGAAAGACUAACACUUAUACAUGCCAUAAGUGAUUCCCACAUCUACAGCGCUCUUUAUCAGAUUCCGAGGUUUUCGCUGCAGAUGGUAAAUUGUCUGCAAAAAAUUUGGCCUAAAUUAAGAGAAAGAACUAACCAAACCUCUAUCAUUUUUCAGAGGACAGCAUUUAUUGUUUGAUCUUAUUUUUGUUGCACCAAUAUAGCACAUAAUAUGUAUGUUAUUAAAGUGCCUUUUCCAACAUGUGGCAUGCAUGAUAUUUAAUAUCUUUAACAGAUACCUUUAUUACAUAUUUAUUAGUGCACUUGAAAGUGCAUGUUGUCUUUUCCUCUUUUUAUUAAUGAGGUAGAAUUGAACUCAUUACACUGAUGAGAUGUUUAAAUUUUUAUGAUAAACUUGAAUGAAUGUGUAUUAAUGAAAGUUGCAUUAGAGCAACUACUGUGUCUUAAUAACUAUAUUUUCCGCACAGUAGGGCACAUCGGAUUAUAAGGCGCACAGUCAAUGAGAGGUUCAAAGUUUUGUCAUAUAUGAAGCACACCAAACUAUAAAGCACAUUAAGCGAGACAAAAAAGUCAGAGAUAAAUCUGUCAGUCUGUCCGACUUCAUUAACGGCGUUCACAGUAACUGCAGAACUAGCUUGUAACAUGUUAGCCAUGUUAGCAUAUUGCUGUAACUUCCAUUGUUGUUUAUAACACAUAAAAAACAGACUGAUAAUAUUAAAAUAAAUGUUACUGUGAAAUGGCUAACUCCCAACCGGGUCAAAAACACAGUUUGACAAAACUACACAUUACCCACAUUAGCAUAUUCACAAUAACACCCAACCAAACAUUUUGACAGAGCGCUGUGUACCCCUCAGAAAUGCUUCACCAUCAGUAACCAGAGUUAAUCCAUAUAUAGGGCGCAUUAAGUAAGAUAAGAGUCAGAGAUAAGUCUGACAGUAAUUCCAGAACUUGCUGGUAACACUCUACAUGUUAGCCAUUUUAGAAGUGUUAGCUACAUUAGCGCAAUACCUGUAAAUCUCAACAUUGUUUGCAACAUGUAAAAAUACAGACUGAUGCAGCUAAAAAAAGAACAUUACUGUGACUACGAUAACUCCCAACUUUUCUAAUAACCCAUUCAAAAAAACACAAUCUGAAAUUGCUACACGUUAGCUGUGUUAGCAUCUAACCUUGUUUUUGUAACUCUUAUAAAAACAGGCUAAAAUGUUGUUAGAGUGCAGUGUACCUCUCUAAAUCACUUCAACAGGAGUAACCAGAAAUAAUCCAUAUUAAAGGUGCUACAGAUUAUAUCGUUUUUAAAAUAAAAUUAAGCCUUUGAAGUGUGCCUUAUUGUGUGGAGAAUACACUACUCCAGUGGUUUUGUACUCAGCUUGAAUUCCACUGUGAAAUAGUUGAGAGAAAACAUGCAGAUGAUGACCUACAGCCGACUGACGAACCAAAGAUGUUUGAAAGAUGUUCAUAUGAUUAAAAGCUCUUUUGUUCAGCUGUCA